AUGUCUCGGCCGUCAAUACUUGAAAUUCGAAAGGAUGACAUUGCCUCAAGCGAGGGCGUUGUCAACCUGCUUCCUUGUCGCGUCCAGCACACAGGCCAUAUUGGGCCAUCUUCAGCUUACUGGAAUCCCAGCAUAGGCGAGAACGACAAUAAGACGGCAUAUCUUCGAGGACGCAAGCUCCAAGGAAAGGUUGCAUCAUUACCUCCAAAUUAUCGAGGCCUCGUUCUCCAACGAAAGGACGACAAACAAAACGAUGCUGAGCAGCCAGAUGUCAUCAUGAUAGGAGAGGAUGGAGAUGAAGGCUCAGCUCCUAGACUAGGAACAAUGCACACCGUGACGGAAUUUGAUAAAAUGGUUGUCUGGUCGCAUGACGCAGUUGCAGAUGCUUCAGCAGAUCCCUACCUAAGAAGCGUGGAAGAGUGGCUUCAAGUAUCGGAUAGUAUACAUUCUUAUGACACCUCAGAUAAGGGAGAGUCGAAAUGA